CGUCAGAGGUUCGCACUGUACUUGCCCCAUAGCUAACAGACACCAGCGCUCACCGGGUCACUACUACCGCAGCGCUCCAGAGGAACCGUCACGGAUUUGUACUAAAAAUCUCAUGGGAAUAUACAUUUUUCCAUCACGUUAUUUGCUACUUCACAGAACAAUUUAAAAGCAAUGGAGAGCUGAAGAACUUUAGAAGAACAGAACUUUCGAGAACUUUACUCGAAAAUCUGAUCGAAUAAUUCAAUUUAUCCUGGUAAAUACGCAGUGUCUCUCGCCAGGACUGAUCAACUUUUAUCCUGCAUUUGCGUGGAAAGUGGAACGCAUAAAAAAACUGGAUUCUCAUUCAGACUGUUCAUUGGAAGUAAAACGCUCUGAGGCUUUGACCACUGAACCGAAAUAUUUAAUUUUUCUUUGAAGAAUUUUGUUCUAUAGACAUUUCACCUAUUUAAGGUUUAAUUGGGGAUGUUGAGCUCGGUGAAGAUGGAGUCUCACGAAAUACCAGAGUGGAAUGCGUUCUACAGUGAAGCGAGUGAGAUGUACGCCUCUCCCAGCACCAUGAAUUCCAGUCUGGGCGCCAUGGGAACCAUCAACAGCUACAUCAACCUGAACUCGGCUGGCUCAGCCUCCAUGAACAUGGGCUACCCCAGCCCAGGCCUGAGCAGCAGCCCGCUUGCCUCCAUGGGCGGCGGGCCCAACCACAUGAGUCUGUCCCCCGUGCCGACCUCCCUCAAUCACAGCUCGCUCACCCAGCUGGGCUCGCCGGCCUCCUCCCUGGGCUCCCUCUCCCACUACCCCAACAUGGGCCAGCCAGUGAGCCAGCUGAGCUACCCCUCGCCCAACUCCCUGAACCGCGCCAAAGAGGUGCCCAAGCCCUACCGUCGCUCGCUGACGCACGCCAAGCCACCGUACUCGUACAUCUCCCUCAUCACCAUGGCGAUCCAGCAGUCCAGCAACAAGAUGCUGACGCUGAACGAGAUCUACCAGUGGAUCAUGGACCUCUUCCCGUACUACCGCGAGAACCAGCAGCGCUGGCAGAACUCCAUCCGCCACUCACUAUCCUUCAACGACUGCUUUGUGAAAGUGGCACGCUCGCCCGACAAGCCUGGCAAGGGCUCCUACUGGACCCUGCACCCCAACUCGGGGAACAUGUUCGAGAACGGCUGCUACCUGCGGCGCCAGAAGCGCUUCAAACUCGAGGCAGACAAGAGCGCCAAGAAGGCCUCCGGGAAGUCUCAGGAGGGCGGCAGUGGCAGCGGUGGCAGCGCCAAGGGAGGCCACGGAGACAGCCUCCAGGGGGACCACAGCCCCACGACCGGCUCAGAGGGUGCGGAUUCGGCCCAUUCAGACAGCUCCCACCCCGGCUCGUCCUCUGAGGACCACCAGCAGCAGCAGCACCAGCAGCAGCAGCAGCAGAGGAGCCUGGUCCAGCUGGAGUGCCCUCCUCCCCCCUCCGUGGUCCAGAGUUCCCCGGUUCCCAUCCCGUCCUCUGUGCCCUCCUCCAUUGUGCCGGCAGGUGCCCACCUCCACUCCCAGUCUGUAGGGGGCAGCCCGCACCUCCUGUCUGGAGGCAUGCAGCACCUGGACCUCCACAACGAACAGCUCAAGUCCAUGGACCCGCACUACAACUUCAACCACCCCUUCUCCAUCACAAACCUCAUGUCCAACGAGCAGAAGAUGGACCUCAAGUCCUACCAGGACCAGGUGAUGGCCUACAAUGGCUACGCCACCUCCUCGCCCAUGGCAGCCAAACAGAUCUACGACCCCGCGGGGUCUUCCGCCAUAGACUCCGGUGCCUACUACCAGACCUUGUACAGCAGGUCCGUCCUAAAUGCGUCCUAACACAGAGGUCCACCAAAGCCAAAUCGAGAAGCCAAUGACUUUUUUUUUCUAAAUAAAAAAAAGGGGGGGGGGGGGGGAGAAACCCCCCCAUUGCUACGGACCUCAUAGGGGCCAACAAAAUGGCGACACUGCUCUAGUGUGGCCUGUUCACACUGAGCAAGAGAGGGACCACUAGUUAUCAGAGCUGAUAACACAUGGCAGUGUCGCCUGUAAAUUCACAGGAAAAAAAGAAAGAAAAAACCCACCCAUGCUGUGACUCUCCGACACACAGCACCACCUUUCCCCUCUCCUUCUCCUGUCAGCAGCUCCAUACUGGAUUGAUUCUGUUCUAACACAAGGAACCUCUGGACCCUGUCUCAAAAGGAGAGUCAUUCCACACCGUGCUAGUGCAUUUAUAAAAGGACUCAUUCUUGUCCCACAGAACCCUAAUAUCUGGGCCAGGGCCUUUUUUUUUUCUUCUUCUUCUUAAUAGAGGGCAUAAGGAAAUGGUCUGUUCUGAAUGUGCAUAGUCUGUAUAUAUAUACGUAGAAAGGACACGGUAGAUCUGCAUUUAUUUAUGAAGGGAAAAUUAAUAUAUCUUGUACAGUGCUGUGAUGUAAAGUUACAAACAUGUGAUAAAGGGAUUUUUUUCUUUUUUAAAUGAGAUUGUUUGGAAGGGGAAAAAAGCAUAGUUCAGGUUACUGCUAGCAGCAGUUGUUACUGCAUUACAGGGAAAACGUUUGUUUUGUGUUACAACCUAGUCAUCUCUCUGUUUGUAAACUUACAUUUAAGUUCUCUCUCUCUCCCCCCCCCCCCCAGAAAGAAAUAUAGUUGUUAAAAUGAUGUGUUGCAUACUUGGGUUAUUUGUGGAGAAACAGAAUGCUGCUUUCCUAAUCAGGGUGCUUUAUUUUGUCUGUCUCCCCUAAAGACCACAUUGAAGUAUCUGUGGUAAUUUUUAAUUUUUUUUUUAAACGUGAAUUUCAAAUGCCAUCUUAAACUACGGGAGCCCAUGGCAAUGUCCCCAGUGUCCCUCUUGUUAUAUAUUUUUAAAUUUUUCCUCCAUGUGUAAGUGACACAUGGCAUGGGUACUGUGGGGAGCAGAGUUACAGUUGUCUAGAUAGGGAUAACAGUUACUAAGAUAGGCCUGGGGAUGUAAAUGCACUCGAGGAGCAUUUACAUACAAUACUUUGCACUAGAGCUCCCACCAGCUCCGCACAGCUGGGCAGGGGAGGGGGAGUGGCAGAGAGAGAGUUACAACAAUGCCUUGUGACUACCUCUCAUUUACCCUAAAAAAAAAAAAAACAAGGGGUUGAAAAAAAACAAAAAAACCCUGACAAACUUAAAAUUGGAUCACUGUGACGAUGUCAGAGGGUUGGUCUAAACUGUGUCCUUUUGAAGGUUGGUGAUCGUGUGAUUGUGAGAGCCCUAUUGUGAGCUGACGCACGGCAAGAAGGCAACCAACCAAAAGGAACACUUUUUGUUUUAAAAGGAAACAAAAUGUUCAGGUCACGAUUAAUAUUAUUUGAUGCUAUUUAGUUAUGAGAGACUAUGUUUAUUUAACUCGGCUUUUGCUUUAAACUGGGAGGAUAUGUGUGUUAAUAUAUGUAUUGUAUAUGACUAUAUAAGGUGGACAUUGUAUGAUUUGAAUGUUGUGGUUUGGAUGUCGGAUCUUCUUUUCUUAUUAAAAAAAAACUACAAAGGAA